AUGUCCGACUCGGAAGCCGAAGGUGGCGUGCCCCUGAUCGAGGCGGAGUUCGACGUCACAGCCACCUCGAAGAAGCGGAAGGCGGAAGCAGAGCUCGAGGGCGGCAUCGACAGCAAGAAAGAGAAGAAGAAGGCGAAGAGGAAGCAGAAGAAACAGGCCAGAGCAAAGAACAUUGACGAGGAUGAUCUGGAUCAAGAGCUGGGUGUGAAUCACGCUUUUGAGCGCAUGGACGGUCAGCUGGUGGCGGACUAUGUGAAUGCUCGAACACGACUGUACGGCAAAGAGCUGAGCAGUGUCGAGCUGGAAGACAAGCUCAUCCCUGCACGUACCAUCUACGACAGCACCGGCUACAGUGACGCGCGGAAACUGGACCAUCUCCCAGCUUUCCUGAAGAAGCAAUUUGGCGCGCUGAAGCCCACGUCGAACAAAGCGCCAGGAGCACCGCACACGAUUGUCGUCACAGCGUCUGGAAUUCGGGCGGCCGACGUGUGCAGGUCGCUCAAGACGGGUCUGCCUAAGCAGGGCAUCAAGGACGCCAAGGUGGAGAAGCUAUUCGCGAAGCACCUGAAGCUCGCGGACCAGGUUGCGAGUCUGAAGAAGAAUAGAGUGGACUAUGGUGUAGGGACGCCUGAUCGGCUGUGUGCACUGCUCGAAGAAAAGGCGCUCUCCACGGAGAACGUCAAGCGGGUGGUGAUUGACGUUUCGUACAUUGACCAGAAGAAGCGCGGCAUUCUCGAUAUGAAGGAGCUGCACGAGGCGUUGAUCAAGUUGCUGCUGAGGAAGGAGUUUUUGGGCGAGGACAAGGAAGCCGGGGAUGAGUUGUUUGUGUUUUACUGA